AUGGAGGGGUCACCAAGUCCAGAGCUCGACCCGGUCAUUGAGGGUCAUAUCAAAGCACUACUUUCACUUUCGAACAACCCCAUCUACGCAGACCCUCGCAAACUGCUCCUCAAGAACCUUAAAACUGGAGAAAUUGAUCGUAUUCUUGCCGAGGUAUGGACGUAUCGUAUUAGUCGCACUGGUAGGGAGGCUAUUGCGACGGUUAUGCUUGAUGUUAUUGCAAAGGAGGAUGCGAGGCCUAUGAGAGAAGGACCUGCACAUCGACCAAGAGCGGGCUCUGAGGCCAAUGAGGCGGGUGAUGGGCACGAGGAACAGGAUAAAGGCUCUGAGGUGAGUGAAGACGGCCAGGAAGAAAGCAGACAGAGCGGUCAUGACGAUCCCAUACAGGGCGGCCAUGAAGAAUCGGUUCAGAAUAGAGAAGCGACGCAACCAAUAGUCAGCUCUGAAGCUGAUGCAGACCAUGGAGAGGACAGAGGAGAUAGAGAAGCCACAGGGCACAGAGCAGGCUCUACGUUCAGUGAAGUCGACCUAGGAGGAGAGCGCCAAGGCGAAGAAGUCGCACAACCCGAAGCUGGCUCUAAAGUCAAUGAAGUCGUCCACAACGAAGAGAAACAGAAGUAUGAAGGGCCCAGACAGGCAGUUGAUACUCACUCAUAUAGAACCAGAACUUCUAUAAAGAGAAACCUAGGAACAUCACCAGCAGGGCGGCUAUCAAAACGACACAAGACUGGUGAACACUCACGGCAACUCUCUGAGAACAAUGAAGACGGCGAAGAACGCGGGCACAUUCCCCAACCAAGCCCCAGCGCAGAACCUCUCAUUCGACGCAUCCCCCAACCUCGUCGCGGCCGGCCCUCAAACCAAAACCUCACCAACUCAAACCCCGAUCUCGAGCUACUCCUCUGGGUCCCCUCCCUUAACAACACCGGUGAAUGGAAGCCCAUCACCUCGCUUCCCCGCGGCGUCAACGAGAAUCUCCGCACCCGCUUCUUCGAAGACUACACCUUCCAUAAAGGCAAGAAAUAUCGAUACGCGCAAAUGACACGCAAUCCUGACACCUACAUCGACAACGGGCGCUGCGUUCACAAUCUCGUGUCGCGUAAGGCAAGCAGUGUCAUGACGUAUAACGCAGCAGACGGGAAUAUCCACAGGACUUGCGAUUUGUGCUUCCAGGCAGGUAAAUUGUGCGCGAGACUUGUGAGGUUGGAUGGGGAAGUCAAAAUGGGGUUGUUCCCCGUUCCGGGAGGCUUGAGGAGGGGCUUGCGGUGGAGUGAGAUUGGAUAUUGGAUUGGGCAAGAGGGCUCGAGGAAAAGGGAAUUCCAACAGGAGAGGGUUAAGUUUGGGAGCACAGUUCCGACUUAG